UUUUUUUUGCCUUGUUUUGUUUUGCCUGCUUCUCUCUCGUUCUCGUCAUGGGUGUACAGCUUUGCCGCUAUCUUAUUUGUUUUAUUUUAUUUUCAGCUCCAUUAGAUACCUGUCCUGUCUGUCUGUCUGUCUGUGUCUGUCAUUACCGCGAUCUUAUCUGGUCUUGUUCGUGUCAUCUUGCGCUAUCUGGGAUAUUUGGGAAGGGACUUUCAAUUUAUUCGAUCAUUCAAGUGCAGCAAGCAAUUUCAAUCUAUCGAGCGUUGAGCGUUUCUAUUAAACUAUGUGCAUUAAUAGUAAUCGUAUCUACGGAGCGCUACAGAGUAAUGCUUCGUUAUCGAUUGAACUUAUUCAAUUGCAGCCUUGGAAGCUGUCUAUUACUCCGUACUAUGGAGACAAAUCCAUUUCCAUCAUUUAAUUCAAUUUGUUCUAUUUAUCCAUAAUAAAGCAUAACAUAAAAUAGCAUACAUAGCAUUAUCAUGUCAUCAUGUCAUAAAUCAUCAGAUCAAAAUACCAUAGCAUAUGAUAUCAUAAAUCAUGACCAAUCCAUCCUGCCCUAGGAGAAUACCUGCCCUAGGAGAAUUCCAUCA